AUGUCGUUUGGCAGACCCCCUUCCAUUAAUGUUGGCUUUAAAGUGUCAGCUCCAGAUCGUGGCUCGUUCCCCCUCGACCAUUACGGCGAAUGUAAGGAAACGAUGAACCAGUACAUGAACUGUCUUCGCAAUAAUUCAAGCACCUCCAGUCCUUGUCGAGUUUUGAGCAAAGCAUAUCUCGAUUGUCGGAUGAACAAGGGCUUGAUGGAGCGGGAUGAAUGGAAGAACUUGGGGUUGGCAAACGUCGACAGCAAGGCAGGAGACUCUCCGCCCAAAAAGGAAUGA